GUUAGACUUAUUUUCUUUUCAGUUGGUCCUUAAUUUAUUUCAUUUAGUAUAAUUAUUCUUUCAUUUGAUACUAUUACAAUCAUUCUCAGCUACACUUGUUUAGUUUUCAGUUAGUGCUUUUGUUCUUUAAUUUAGUGUCCUAAUUUUUUGACAAUGAACUCAACAGCUGAACAUGAAUAUCUCAAGUACAUCAAUGACGAAAAUAUCAGUAGCAGUUUAAUAGGGAGACAUGUUACAGAUCACAAAGAUGGCUACAACUUGUAUCAAGCACACUCAAGAGCAUUAGGAUUUAGUAUUAGGAAACAAACUCUAAGGAGGAGGAGAAUUGAUAAUUCAAUAUACGAAUUCUACUUGGUUUGCUCAAAGGAAGGAGGCUCAAAAUCAACAAACAAAAUAACAGAACCAAAAGAAAAAGACACACAACAAGAAAAACCUGUUCAGAUACCAGAUGUUGAGCAGCCAACCAACAAAAGAAAGGAAAGAGUAGUCAAUGAAACAAGAACAGCAUGCAAAGCCAUGGUCAGAUUUAAGCAAGAAAAACCUGGUGAAGACUUUGUUGUAGUAGCUCAUGAGUUGCAGCACAACCAUGAGUUGGUAAUACAACAAGAAAUACAUCAUCUGAAAUCAGAAAGGAAGAUAACUGAACAAAAAGGACAACUAAUACAAACAAUGGUUGAAUCUGGCAUAAAGCCAAUGCAUGCAUACAACUUUUUGUGUCAUGAGGCUGGAUCAGAAGAAGUAGUGGGCCACACAAAAAGGGACCAUCUAAACUAUAUCACACAGUACAGAACAAGAUUGGUUGAAGGAAAGGAUAUGCAGAGUGUGUUGGACUUACUUCAGCAAAGAGCGGAUGAUGAUCCUGCAUUCUUCUACAGGCUGAAAUUUGGGGAACAUAACAACAUCGUCAGCUACUUUUGGCGAGAUUCAAUGAUGUUGGAGGACUUCAAAGCAUAUGGAGAUGUUAUGAUAUUUGACACAACAUAUAGGACAAACAAAUAUGGACUGAUAUGUGCACCAUUUGUUGGCAUAAAUUGCCAUUGGAAAACAACAAUGUUUGCAUGUGCUUUCAUAACUAAUGAAAAGGAAGAGAGCUUUGAAUGGCUACUAGAAACAUUCAAGAGAGCAAUGUGCCAACAAGAGCCAAAGACAAUUUUCACUGAUCAAGAUAAGGCAAUGGGCAAUGCAAUUGAAAAGGUUUUCCCAAAUACAAGACAUAGGCUUUGCCUUUGGCAUAUAGAGAAGAACUUUGUAAGCCACUUCGGAUCCCUCAAGACCAAUGAAGACUUCAAGGAACAUGUUCAAGAACUGUUUGAUGGGGUGUCAAAAUGAAUCAGGCUUUGAA